AUGGAUUUUGGUAUGAUGUUGAAACUCAAUAAUAAUGCAAAACGUCUAUUCUCCAGUGGUGCAAUCAUGAAUUUGAUAUCCGUGGAUAUCGAUGCAUUCGAAGAGUAUUUUUGGAAUAAUUGUAUUGAUAUAUUUAUAUAUCCAUUUACUAUAAGUUUUCUUUUGGCAUUUUUAUGUUAUAUUGUUGGUCCGGCUGCUGGAUUGACUGGAUUUGUUUUCAUGGUGAUUGGUCUACCGACAAAUGCUUAUCUGAGCAAGCGCCAGAGUGACUUUAAUUUGAGAUCGCUGAAUCUGGGAGAUGAUCGUGUUGGCCUGAUGAGUGAGAUUCUCACUGGUAUCAGAUUCCUCAAGUUGUAUGCCUGGGAGCAGCCAUUCAUCGAUCGAGUAGAAUCGAUUAGAAAGAACCAACUCAAACAACUGAGAGUUCGUAAUCUUUUCUGGGCAUCAUCGUCGCUUCUCACCCAAGUACUAAGUGGAAUCGUAUUGCUAGCGACAUUCUCUGUGUUUGUGUUGCGUGGUGGUCAGUUGGAUGCUACCACUGCAUUUACCGCGCUUACUAUUUUCGUCAAUAUGAGACGUCCAUUGGAGAUGCUUCCGGAAUCAAUUCAACGUCUGAUGAAAGUAUUUGCUUCGUCCAAGAGAAUCGAAGCAUUCCUCCAAACCACCGAGAUUCAACAACAUAUGAUAACUCACAUAGACACCAGUUCGGAUAUUAGAAUUGUAGAUGGUGAAUUCACAUGGGAUGAUGCUGAUUAUUCCAACAAGCGUGGUCAAUAUGACAGUAACGGUAGUGGAGAUGAAGAAAUUGGUGAGAUUAGCAUGAUGAUUCUCCAAGAUGGUAAUAACAAUAGUGUAGGUGGCUCAGCUGCCGACAGUCCUAAAUCACAUCUGGUAGUUGCUAGAAACACUUUGAACGACGAUGAAUCAGGUGAGCAGAUUACCACUUUCGAAGAAGUAGAGUCAAUCGGUAUGAUGGAGGAUGAUACCAAUUCGCCAGAGCGUGCUCCCUCCGUUUUGAGUGGUGUCAACUUUGUCGCACCAGCUGGAAAACUUACGAUGAUCUGUGGAAAAGUUGGAACAGGCAAGACAAGCUUGGUUAGUGCACUGAUAGGAGAGAUCUACAAAACCAAAGGAAGUGUUUUCACUCCACGAAAGAUGGGUUUCACCUCACAGUCACCCUUCUUGAUUAGCGCAUCGCUACGUGACAAUAUUUUGUUUGGUGAGGAAUUCGAUGCCGAUCGUUAUAUCCGUGUGUUGGAAGCGUGUGCACUGGAUACCGAUUUGACUCAGUUUCCUGCCAAAGACUUUACUGAGAUUGGUGAGCGUGGACUAAAUCUAUCGGGUGGUCAAAAGUCGAGAAUUGCAUUGGCGCGUGCGGUUUAUGCAGAUCCCGAAUGCUAUUUGUUGGACGAACCUCUGAGUGCCGUUGAUUCAGAGGUUGCCAAACAUCUCUUUGAGAAAUGCAUUCAAGGUAUUAUGGCCAGUAGAACAAGAAUUUUAGUAACUCACCAACUUCAGUUUGUGCCAUCCGCUGACCAUAUUGUCGUAAUCCAAGAUAACAAUGAAAUUCUUCAAGGAACCUACCAGCAACUAACAGAAAAAGGUAUUGACUUUGAGUCCAUCAUGAAAGCAAAGCAUAUCGAUAUAAACAGCUCUAUAACCGAUUCACAAGAAGGUGACAGUGCCAGUCCAGAUAGAACAACUACAACUACAACAACAACUACUACAGAAGAGCAACAACAAACAUCUGCUAAAAUAGAAUUAAUUGUUACAAAUGCACCAGAUUCAAAUCUUCAAGAGAAAGCUAAACUUUUGGUACAAGAAGAUAGAAAUAAGGGAGCCGUCGGAAUGGAUACUUAUGGUCCCUACAUUAGAGCAGGUGGAACUUUGUGGUUCUUUAUUAUCGUAUUCUUUUAUUUGUUUAGCCAGAUAUCUUUCCAAUCUGCCGAUUAUUGGCUUGCCAUUUGGUCAAAGAAACAACUCGACGGUCCACACACAGAACGAUUCUAUCUUUUCAUUUAUAUGUGGUUCAUUUUUGGUUACAUCAUCCUAUUGACUAUCCGUUACUUCUCACUGGGAUCUUUCACUCUUUAUGCAGCGGCAGAGUUACACGACAAACUACUUGCCAGUAUCAUGCAAGCGCCAACUCUUUUCUUUGACCAAAAUCCAACCGGACGUAUAUUGAAUCGUUUCUCAAAGGAUAUAUCUGAUAUUGAUUUAUCGAUUUUAGAAUCGCUCUCUGAUAUAAUGUAUAACGGUACCUCGGUGUUUGUAUCGAUUUGUAUCAUGGUAUUCAUCAAUCCGAUUAUGGUUGUGCCACUUGCAGUACUCUCUGUAUUGUACUACUUUGUCCAAAUUAUCUAUCGUAACACCAGUCGUGAGCUAAAGAGAAUGGAAUCCAUCUCGAGAAGUCCGAUAUUCUCAUCAGUGGGUGAAUCGUACAGUGGAUUGGUAACGAUCCGUUCUUUCAAACAACAACAACGAUUUAUCAAUCAGAUUCACACACAGAUCGAUGUCAACCAACGAUUGUAUUUCUACAGUUAUGCAUGCCACCGUUGGAUGGGAACGAGACUAGAGUUGAUUGCAUCCACUGCAGUAUUCUUUUCUUCUUUGUUUUCCAUCUAUAGUUCUGCGAGCAACCCAGGCUUGGCAGGAUUGGCUGUCACUUCUGCACUUGGAAUGACUGGAUUCUUGAAUCGUCUGGUCAGACAAUACACUACAUUGGAAGUAAAGAUGAACUCCGUUGAAAGAGUCAACGCAUACACUCAAAUCCAAUCAGAGGGAGAUCGUCACUCGCUAACGAAUCCUCCUCCUCCAAGCUGGCCAGAGAAAGGACAAAUAGAAUUCCGUGACGCAGAAGUUAGAUAUCGUCCAGAUAUGGACCCAAGUUUAAUGGACUUCAAUGCCACUUUGGAGUCAUGUGAGAAAAUCGGAAUAGUCGGUCGAACAGGUGCUGGAAAAUCAACGAUUGGUGUAGCAUUGUUCCGUAUGGUCAAUCUAUCAAAAGGAAGGAUAUUGAUCGAUGGCAUUGAUAUUGGAAAGAUUGGAUUGUACGAGUUGCGAAGUAAGCUAGCUGUCAUUCCUCAAGAUCCGUUCAUAUUCUCUGGAACGAUACGUGCCAAUAUCGAUCCAUUCCACGAGCGGUCCGAUUCACAGAUAUGGGAUGCUCUUGAAAAAGUGCAGCUAAAAUCGGUUGUCUCGUCCAUGCCGUUUGGAUUGUCCACCGAGAUGCAACAAGGUGGCGAACUCUCGGUUGGACAAAGACAACUACUCUGUCUGUGCCGUGCACUUUUGAGAAACUCAAAGAUUGUGCUGAUGGACGAGGCAACUGCAAGUCUCGACUAUGAAACCGAUGCAAUCAUCAAGAAGACCAUUAAAGACAACUUUUCCAAUAGUACAGUACUCACGAUUGCACAUCGUCUCGACACUAUCUAUGACAGUAACAGAAUCUUGGUCGUCGAUAAAGGUCGUCUAGCAGAAUUUGAUACACCGACAGCACUUACCAACAAUCCGGAAUCGAGAUACACUCAACUUCUAAGAGCACAAUCAACCUAUUUAUUUUCAAAAUCAAAACAAGAUAACUAA